AUGGAAAAUCGGAAGUUGAUUCUCGUCAUUGGAGGAACAGGUGCCCAAGGCAGUCCUGUCGUCAAGGCACUCUCCGAGAGUGGUCGCUACGGUGUCCGAUUAUUGACUCGAAACUCAGCCUCGGGCCAAGCUACAAAACUAGCUGCUCUGCCGAAUGUGACACUCCUCCAAGGCUCACAGGACAACCAGAAGGACCUUCACGCUGCCUUCACUGGUGUCUACGGAGCAUGGGUAAACCUGGAUGGGUUUACAAUUGGCGAAAAGAGCGAAUUAUUCUACAGUGUCCGAGCAUAUGAAAUUGCCCGGCACCAUGGUGUCAAGCAUUACAUUUUUGCAAAUACCGAUUACGCUCUUCGAAAGGCUGGGUGGGAUGAGAGGUAUCACUGGGGACAUAAUGAUGCCAAGGGCCGAAUUGGUGAUCUGAUCUUGAGUCAUGGACAAGCUACCAUGAAGACUUCACUUUUGACCACGGGCCCAUACAUGGAUAUGCUCUUUGAUGGGAUGUUUGUUCCUGAAGAGCAAGCUGAUGGAUCGUUUGUUUGGGAGAAUCCAGCAGCGGAUGGUAAAAUCCCACUCAUUGCCCUCGAUGAUGUUGGAGCCUAUAGCCUCUGGAUUUUUGACAAUCCCUCUGAGUCUGCUGGCCUCGACCUUGAAGUGGCGACGGAUCAAGUCAGCUUUACCGAGAUUGCAGCCACAUUUACCAGAGUGACUGGUAAACAAGGCAUACACAGACGUGUACCUCUGGAAGGGUAUCUAGUGAAGGCAGAGCCGUAUCCAGGAGCUUAUUCAAACUGGGCUAUCAGCCCUGACGUGCCCCGCGACGAGUCGUUCAUGACCUGGCGUGAGAAUUUCGCGGCUUGGUGGCGCUAUUGGAGCGAGGGUAAAGGAGCCACUCGCAAUAUGGCGUUGCUUGAUCGUAUUCAUAGCUCUCGAAUUCCUAGUCUGGAGGCUUGGAUGAGGGCGAAGAAUUACGAUGGGCGACCUCGGUCUGUCUUGAAAAAUCUCCAUGAGCUAAGGGAAAGAGGAGUGACAAAUGAUUAG